UCAAUGGUCGGAGACGCGGUCACGGACUCAAAGGUACCCCCAGUGUUUGUUUGACCGGCCGCUCCGCUCUCGGGCUGAGGACGCCGUCAGACAUGGAGCGCUGGAAGGGCAGAGUGGCUCUGGUCACGGGGGCCUCGGUGGGAAUCGGAGCUGCGGUAGCGAAGGCGCUGGUUCAGCACGGCAUGAAGGUGGUGGGUUGCGCCAGGAGCGUGGACAAAAUAGAGAAACUGGCAGCAGAAUGUGCCAGCUCCGGCUUCAGUGGCAGUCUGAUUCCAUACAAAUGUGACCUGACCGUGGAGGAGGAGAUUUUAUCAAUGUUCUCUUCAAUCAAAUCAUUACAUCAGGGCGUCGAUGUGUGCAUCAACAAUGCUGGUUUAGCUCAUCCGGAGCCUUUGUUAAAUGGCAAAACCAGUGCCUGGAGAAACAUGUUUGAUGUCAACGUUCUUGCACUGUCAGUCUGCACUCGUGAAGCCCAUCAGUCCAUGAAAGAAAGAAAUGUCGAUGAUGGCCAUAUCAUCCACCUAAACAGCAUAGCUGGACACAAGGUGGUGCACAAUGCCGACGCGCACUUCUACGUUGCAACCAAAUACGCUGUGACCGCUCUCACAGAAGGCUUGCGGCAAGAACUGUGGGAUGCCAAGUCUCAUAUACGCACUACAUGUAUAUCCCCUGGAGUAGUGGAGACUGAAUUUGGUUACAGAUUCUGUAGGGGCAACCCAGAAAAGGCUGCAGAGAUGUAUGGAGAGUCGAAGUGUCUUCAAGCUGAGGAUGUUGCCAGUGCUGUCAUAUAUGUCCUGAGUGCCCCUCCACACGUUCAGAUUGGAGAUAUACAGAUGAGGCCAGUGGAACAACAGGUUUGAACUAACCUGAGUGAAUUCAGCAUGAAGCUCUUUUUUAAAAAUCAGUAUAACUUUAAAUUUCUAUACUAAAAUUUUGUAUCAGUGAGUGAAACAGAUUAAAAACACAAAAAU